AUAACUAUGAGCCAUCGUUUUUCUUUAUCAAGUGUCACUCUUCAGUCUUCAACCAUGGCUUUCAGAUCACUUUUCUUCAAACCCAGGAAAAUCUUACUCUCUCUCCACAAACCCAACUCACACACUCAUUUUCACUUUUUCUCUUCUUGCGCGCAGCAACUCGCAGACCCGCCAUUACUGUACCUUGUGAACGAAAUCUCCCGCGUACUGAGCGAUCACAGAUACCCCCAUCAUGACCUGGAUCUCCCUCUUAGUCCUUACUCUUCCAAAUUAUCCACAACCUUGGUUGAGCAGGUGUUGAAACGCUGCAAAAAUCUCGGCUUCUCUGCUCACAGAUUCUUUCUUUGGGCUAAAACAAUCCCGGGUUUUGAACAUAGUUUGGAAAGCUAUCACAUUUUGGUUGAUAUUUUGAGUAGUAGCCGGCAGUUUGCUAUACUGUGGGAUUUUUUGAUUGAAGCCAGAGAACAUAACUACUUCCUUAUAAGCCCAGAGGUUUUCUGGAUUAUUUUCAGAGGUUAUAGCAAAGCUAAUUUACCAGCGGAUGCCAUCAGAGCUUUUAAUAAAAUGAUUGAGUUUGGGAUUAAGCCUAGUGUUGAUGAUCUAGAUAAGCUUUUAUAUGUUCUGUGCAAAAGGAAGCAUGUUAAGCAUGCCCAAGAAUUUUUUAACAGAGUUAAGGUUGAAUUUAAACCAAAUGCAAAAACUUACAGCAUUUUGAUUCGUGGGUGGGGGGAUAUAGGAGAAUCGAAUGAAGCACGCAAGCUGUUCGAUGAAAUGCUCGAACGAGGUUUCUCGGUUGACUUGCCUGCGUAUGAUAGCUUGUUGGAGGCUUUAUGCAAAGGAGGAAAUGUGGAUGAAGCAUACAAGAUAUUUGGAGAAAUGCGUUCUCAUGGAAUUGAGGCGGAUGCUUGUAGUUAUUCAAUCUUCAUUCGUUCAUACUGUGAAGCAGAUGAUAUCCAUUCGGCUUUUCGGGUUCUUGACAGAAUGAGGAGAUACAAUCUUGUGCCUAAUGUGUAUACAUACAAUUAUCUUCUCAAGAAACUUUGUCAGCACGAAAAGGUGGACGAUGCUUACCUACUCUUAGAGGAGAUGAUUGAGAGGGGAGCGGGCCCGGAUACAUGGAGUUACAAUGCCGUCCUAGCUUACCAUUGUGAUCACUGUGAGGUCAAUAGAGCUCUUAGAUUAAUUUCUAGAAUGGAGAAAUAUAAUUGCUUGGCUGAUAAGCAUACUUACAAUAUGGUGCUGAAGUUGCUUAUUAGGGUUGGGAGGUUCGACAGAGCAACCGAGGUUUGGGAAUCAAUGAGGAAUAAUGGAUUUUGUUCUGUUUCGACAUAUGCAGUGAUGGUUCAUGGCGUAUGUAAGAAGAAAGGUAAAUUAGAGGAAGCCUGUAAAUACUUUGAGAUGAUGAUUGAUGAAGGAAUACCACCAUAUUCUUCUACUAUUGAGCUGUUGAGGGACAGACUGAUAGGGCUAGGAUUGCGGGACAAUGUCGAGAUUCUAGCAGAGAAGAUGGAGCAUAGCUCUUCUUCUUCCAUACAGGAGCUGGCAGAUGCAAUGAGAGGUAAUAAAGGAAGGAUAAGAUCAAGAAGUGAAGAAACUGAGCUUGAAAGUGAGUAGAAAUGUUGUCACUCGGAGUAAGAAUCAGUACUUCAGAAGAACAAGUAUAGAUCUAGAGUGACAAAAAGGCGGAACAAGAGUGUUUAAGUAUGAUUGACAUCAAAAGUAAUUCCAUUUCUGGUGUAGAAACGUUUUCAGAUUUUGUCUUGAACUUAAAGACAAAAAGCCCAAAUCAACAAGGAAUGUCCAGUACUGGUUCUUGUUUAUUUGUCAUUUCCUUAACUUUGGAUUUCCCCACAGAGCUUCAGCCAUUGGAGCAGUUUAACUGUCCAGUGCUUUCCAAGGAGUUUUUUAACCAAGCCAUCACUUGUUAGGCAAAACCCAAGUAAGCAGCCGGAUUGAGGAAAUUCAUGCUAGUUUCUUGGGUUGGAUUUGGUGA